UCUUUAUGGCUUUUUGACAGUUGUUAUAAAAAUGGCUCAAUGGAAUAUUUUAUAUUUUCUUUGCUUAUUAUUAUUUUUUAUGAACAAUUGCAUGAAUUAUAGUUCGUGCGCGUAUUCCAAUCACUAUAUUGAAUACGAUUUGAAUAUGGAAAAAUUGUGUCAUAUAUUUACUAAAAUGUCAACUAUUGAUAUGAAAAUUGAUGCAGUGAUAGUCCGAGCAAAACACAUGUUGGAUCGAUGGAAUGUUCAUACUAAUUUUCAUUGCAAGUUCAAACUUGUAACAGCUAAAGGAUAUGGAUUAUUUGGAGUCAUUCAAAAAAUGUCUUUUAGACAAAAUGAAACACAAUGUAUAGAUUAUGUACAAUUUAAACGAAAAGAUGAUCAUCGGACAGAGAAGUUUUGUGGUUUUCUUGAUCGCAGUAAAAUAAAAUAUUAUGAAGCUCCUGAACCAGAAAGCAGAAUGCAUUUAUCUGAAUCAUUAACAAGAAUUUAUGCUGAAUAUGAUCCAAGUAAUAAAAAAUCUGCAGAAUUAGAAACUGAAAUAUUCAUUUCAAAAAAAAAAUUAGAAGAGGGAGAAUUUCUUACUCUUAAUAUUGCUUAUACUUCUUUUACAAAUUGUAGUAAUAUAGAUUCAGAUAAAUACACACCAAUUGGUCUCAAUACUUGUAUGUUGAAUGAUUUUUUUUGUGAUGGAAUAUACAAUUGUGUACCAGGUAUUUGCUCUGAUGAGGAUAAAUGCCCAAGUAGUAUGAAUGAAAUUAUUAGCACUGGUACUGGCACAAAAGUAACAGUAGGUGCAGUGACUACUUUGAUUUUAUGCUUUAUCAUAUUUGUUAUGUGUUUAUGGAUAUGUAAAAGAUCACAAAAAUUAUGUUGGUCUAUGGAUUGUGCUGAUCCAAAUGUAUGUUCGAGACCAGCGCCAUUAUCACGCGAUACCGAACGAUCUGUAAAUCCACCAGUUCCCACGGCACCAAUGUUAGAAAUCGCAGUCUCUUCAGCAGUUGCUGAUAAAGAUUUACCACCUAGUUACGACUCAUUAUUUCCAGAACAAACUAAUUCUGUUAGAUCAUAAUUUUUGAACAUAAGUUCUUAUGUGUAACUAAUACAUAUUGACAGCAUAUUAUCUAAUGUUUUAAUUAGAUGUUGCUGUACAUAAUACAGUCUUCAAAUAUAUGGUAUGAAUGAGUGCCUUUCUGAAUGAAUUAAAUAUAGUUACAUAAACAAGUACUCGAAGAAAAAUCAAUUUUUUUUUAGCAUUUUAUAUCAAUUUUUUGAUCAAUAUUAUAUAUAUUAACGUUUAUAACUGAACAUUUUUAUAUUUUAUGUUACACAAUUCUAAAAAAAGUAUACGUAAUUAUAAAAAAACUAUACUGAAAUAUAAAUAUAAGAUUAAUAAUGUGUAAAAUAUAAUGGCCAUUACGAAAUGCCAAUUAUUCAACAACAAAAAGUUAUUUUAGGACAAUAUUUUGUUUAUAGCUUGUAAGUGUCUUUUAAUAUUGUAAAAAUACAGUAUUUAAUAAAUUUAAUAUUUAUACAAAA